UCUCCGGGCAUGCGCAGUGUGACACAAGAGGCAGACUGGGGCGAAUGAUGGCGUCGUCAGCCGCUCGCUGUUCCUCACGUUGGUUUACUGUCAUCUUGUCCUCUGGGCAUCAGCGUGUUGCUGGUGCCGUUGUCUCGCCUUUCUACGGAGGGGCCCGGGGAGUUUCAACGUUCAGAGCCGGGACGCUAUGGCCCGGAAAAAGCCUAGUUUGUGGCGAGGCCGGCAAAGGGUUGACAUUGAAAGGACUAGCAGGUUUCAAAGCAACCCAUAUUGUGUGCACCUUUCACACAAGCACAGCAGCGAGCAACAAGCAGGACUUUUACCAGAUCUUGGGUGUACCUCGCACAGCGACCCAAAAAGAGAUCAAGAAAGCCUACUAUCAGAUGGCCAAAAAGUACCAUCCUGACACAAACAAAAAUGACCAACAAGCCAAGGAGAAAUUUGCCCAGCUGGCUGAGGCUUAUGAGGUGCUCAGUGACGAAGCAAAGAGGAAGCAGUACGACGUGUACGGCUCUACAGGCUUUGAUGCAGGGCAGGCUGGCAGAGGGCAGCAGAAUUGGUCCGGGCAAGCCGGCGGCGUGGACCCGGAGGAGCUUUUCCGGAAGAUUUUUGGAGAAUUCUCUGGGGGACGUGGAUUCGGUGACUUUAACGCCAUCUUUGAUCAGCCACAAGAGUACAUCAUGGAGCUGACCUUCACUCAGGCAGCCAAGGGGGUCAACAAGGAGAUUUCUAUAAACAUGGAAGCAUCCUGCCAGCGAUGUGAUGGCAAGGGCCACGAGCCAGGCACUAAGGUCCAGCACUGCCACCACUGCAAUGGCUCUGGCAUGGAGACAAUAAACACGGGUCCGUUCGUAAUGCGCUCCACAUGCCGGCGCUGCGGCGGCAAGGGAACAGUCAUAUCCACCCCGUGUCACUCAUGUCGUGGGACGGGACAAACCAAGCAGAGGAAAACGGUGACAGUCCCAGUGCCUGCAGGAGUGGAGGACGGCCAGACUGUCCGAAUGCCUGUUGGAAAGAAGGAGAUCUUCAUCACAUUUAGAGUCCAAAAGAGUCCGAUUUUCAAGAGGGACGGCGCAGACAUCCACUCUGAUCUUCAAAUCUCUGUGGCACAAGCCAUCCUGGGCGGCACGGCCAGAACGCAAGGCCUCUACGAGAUACUCAACUUAUCUAUCCCAGCAGGCAUUCAGACCGACCAGAGGAUCCAGUUUGCCGGGAAGGGAAUCGCCCGUGUCAGCGGUUACGGCUUCGGAGAUCAUUACAUCCACGUUAAAAUUAAAGUACCCAAGACCCUGACAGACCGGCAGAGAACUCUACUGAUGAGCUACGCCGAGGACGAGGCGGACGUGGAAGGAACGAUUAAUGGCGUCACAUCCACCACCACAGGUGGGGGCAGCAGUGGUAAGCAUUUUGAGGAAGGGCUUGACAGGAAGGAGUUGAAACAAGAGGGGGGCUUCUUCUCCAAAUUGAAGAGCUUGUUUAGUUCAUCCUGACAGCCACAAACCAGGUAAGAGGUCUUCCUGGAACUGAGACACUUCCUCACAACCUGCAAGGACAGCCAUAUUGUAGGCGUUUGAGGUAAACACCUCGCCGACACAAGCCCUGCAGCAUUGAUCUAAGGCAAAGGAAAAACACCAGAAGGCUUAAAGGUUUUUCGCUUGUCCAUUUUUGUUUCAAAGACUAUACCAAGACAGCAGUCUCAACGUGUAGGCAAAUACAUCCAAGUGUGUCGUCUGGUUGACAAUUGCUUCCUGACAUAUUGGAGGGGCCAGACAUUCUGUUACUGAAUUACUGUCUCUUAUUUGUUAGCACUUCUGAACUUUAAACUAUUCCCUCGCAGUCCAAGUCUGUCUAGGCUUUUGUGGCUACUUCACAGUUGUACAGUUGGAUUAGGAAUCAUGUGACAUAAUAAACCUACAGCUUCGGAAA